AUGACAGCUACAAUCAUCUCAAAGGAGCUUCUCCCUCUCAACAACAAGCUGAGAAAGCCGAUGGUGGAGAAGAUGUGCAGAGAUCGUAUCAACAGCAGCAUCGAGCAGCUCAAGUGUCUUCUGGCUCCAGAGUUCCUCGAGCAGCAGACUGAUUCAAAAAGCCGAUGGUGGAGAAGAUGUGCAGAGAUCGUAUCAACAGCAGCAUCGAGCAGCUCAAGUGUCUUCUGGCUCCAGAGUUCCUCGAGCAGCAGACUGAUUCAAGCUGAUUUCCUGGAGAUGAAGGUCAACUUCCUGCAACAACACAACUCCAGUUCACAUGCUGUCAAUCAAGGCUUCUUCAGGAGUGUCGGUGAGAUUGUGCACUUCCUGUUCAAAGAUGAGAUGAAGACACAGAGCCAGAGAAGACUGCUGAAGCACGUCCAGAAGCUGCAGACAUCAUGUGAUCAGAACAGGAGGGAAAGUGUCCUGCCAGACCAGAAGACCUCCAGCAAAGACAUGAAUGUCAACAAGAGCGCCAUCUGGAGGCCUUGAUAGAGCCUUACAGACUCAGACUGAACAUCUACACUAGAUUCAGUGUAGACUAUUAUACUUUUAGUUUCUCUUUUU